AUGGGAGGCCAUCAAACACCACGCUCCCUCGAACGAAUCAACCGUGCUAAACCAGGCUCCCGCGAAGCCAAAGCCGCCGCCCGAGCCGUCAAAAGACACGCCGCAAGCGCGAACAACAACACCUCCGCUAGCGGCGCAAACCAAGACCCCCGUUGUAGGAAUCUGAAUAACGGCGGGACGGCGUGCUCAAAUCAACAGCCUUGCGAUGCUCAUUGGCAGGAGUGGUACGGUGCCGCUUAA